AUGGUCAACGACAUUGAAGCCAAACAUCCACAAACGAACAAUUUGGUCAAGUUUGCAGAUGAUUUAACAGUGAGUGUUCCUGUCACAUCGUCUGGUGACUCGGCUUUGAACUUUCCGCUAAGUGAACUUACUAAAUUGUUCGAUUCAUUGAUCCUGUCGUUAUUUUACUAUGCAAUUGAAGUAUGGGGAUCGGCUUUGCAAGCGAAAUACAUUGAUAAAUUCAGCAAGUUUCUCAAUCGUGCUUUCCGAUAUGGAUACACUCAGAAUAAAUAUUCAAUGGCCAAGAUGAUUGAGGAGAGGGAUCGAUUAUUUUUCAAUAAG